GGUAAUAGCUUGGUAUAAAUACAGGUUCUUCAUGCAGCACACUCAUAACCGACAGAGAAGCAACAGGCGAUACCUCGAGACAGAAGGUCCUGGCUGAUAUGGAAAAUACAGUAGUCCUACGUAUUCUGAUGGAGCUGAGUCUCCUAUGUGCAUCCAUCUCUGUUUGUUGGAGUAACAGUUGCCCUUCACAGACACAGGCAGCUGCAAAGUUCACAAUAAGCAGUCGCCGUAAUCAGACCGGUCAUUGGAUAUCACAGGUUCGCUUAGAACAUGGGACGCAAGAGCACAUAGUUACUAGCCCCUGGACCGUUGAGGUAGAGCAGAACACAGCGUCCUGCCAAGGUCUCGAGUCAGUACAGCUGGUGGCCACUGUCACGGCGCCCCCUCCCCGCGCGGGGCCCGGGUAUGAGCUGCGCAAUGGUUUGGGUUACUACAAGGUGCACAGUGAACCCAGGAACUGGCAGGAGGCGCGUAAGAUCUGCGCCGAGGAGGGAGCCCACCUCGCGAUCAUCAACUCCGAAGAAGAGUCCAAAGCUGUGCAAUCAAUGUUCGUUCCUGUUGCCGAAAAGGCUAAAACGGUGUGGGCCUUUAUUGGCUUUCAUGACUUAUACACUGAAGGACAGUACCUCACCAUCUUCGAUGAACCGCUGAAUUCAACUGGAUUCUACCGGUGGGCCGGUACAAACCAACCCGAUAACUACGGUGGUAACUCCACUUAUCCUGGGGAGGACUGUGGCUCAAUCCAUACAAACGGUGGGAUAAACGAUCUCGCCUGCCAAGCCAAGGUUCCGUUCAUCUGCGAACAGGAACUUUGGUAGGAGGACAGGAUGGCUAAACCAGCCGUUACGAAAUCUGCAUCAAAAUGCGACACACUUCAUAAAUCCAGCACAGCCAUGCAUUUGACACUGGACGUUUUGCCUGAGUAAGACUGUUGGUGGCGAGGGGCUGGUAUUUGGUGUGGCGUCUUCUUAAUAAUUACAGAAAUACCGAAUGAAAGCUGAGUGUACUUCUAAUGUCGUUCCUUGAAGGUAUCGAUAAUGCUGUGAGAUUUACGAAAUAAAAUCUGCGGAUAAAUAGUAUGCAUCCUAUAAUAGAACAGCUGUUCUAUCAAGUUGUCGGCCACAUUGUAAUACCCGAGUUACAUCCCUCAACCCAGUAUGGCUCACCUUGACAUUGUUUUAGCAUUUAUACAAGUGACUCAGUGCCUGUAAUACACCAAAACAGGCUCUGAAAGUUCUCUGCACUUUUAUUUCUUCCUUCGAGAUUCAGAUUUAACGAAGCAGCAAUCAACAUCAUGUUUUAGAGGCUUCCUUGAAGGGUUGGAAGCAAUUCAGCUGACAAAGAGUCUCUCUCCUAUGAGACCGAUAGGUUGUUUACCAUGGAGACCCUUUCUUGGACAAUAUGAUUCCUUUCCAUAACCAUACCUAUUAUUUCUCUAAUAUCCAUUUUUCCCCUAGUAUCUACGUUUGUAUUUUAAAAUAAAUGUCUUUUAAUGA